UUUGUCACCCUGACAGUUCUUUGUGGCCUGCCAAAGCUUCCUGCAGCUCACCCAGCUGAUGACGUCCGGCUACAUGAAAGGCUCCAUUUCGACCAUUGAGAAGCGCUUCGGGUUCUCCAGCCAGACGUCCGGACUGGUGGCCUCCUUCAACGAGGUGGGGAACACGCUACUGAUCGUCUUUGUGAGUUACUUUGGGAGCAGAGUCCACAGGCCCCGGCUGAUCGGGUGCGGAGCCAUCCUCGUCUCCUUAGCAGCGUUCAUCAUUUCUCUUCCUCACUUUGUCCUGGGGAUCUACGAGUACGACCGCUCUGUUUCAGAGAAAUCGAAUGUCACAGAUAUCUGCCUCCCCGGCCAGCAAAGCACGGCAGCUCCCGAGCAGUGCACCACACUGAGAGCCAGUGAGACCCAAAUAGCCCUCUUCCUACUGUUGCUGGGGCAGGGUCUUCUGGGGAUUGGCGCCGUUCCCAUCCAACCAUUCGGCAUCUCCUACAUAGACGAUUUCGCCAGCAAAAGCAACUCGCCUUUCUAUUUGGGGAUCAUCUUUGCAGCAACCACUCUUGGGCCGGCGAUCGCAUUCAUUCUGAUGGCCGUCAUGUUACGCGUCUACGUUGACAUUGACAAACUCCCUGCAGUGGACGUCCACCUCACCCACAAAGAUCCGCGGUGGGUCGGCGCCUGGUGGCUGGGGUUCCUGUUUACAUCUGCUCUGGCCGCUAUCUCAGCCAUACCCUAUUUCUUCUUCCCGAGAGAGCUGCAGAAAGAGGUAAGAACCCACCAGGGGUGA